AUGGCGGCGGCUGCCCCGAGCAGGGGAAGGAGAAACAAGGGCGGGGGGCUGGGUGCGGUAGGUGAGGGGAGAAGGGGACGGGGAGCGGGGUGGGGAGAGGCGGACACACGCGCUGGCCCGGCACGCGCUGCCCGUAGAGGCAGCCACCACCCGACCGACCUGGCCCCCGAAGCUUCAACCCGCCUGCCGAGCCGCCGCCGCCUCCGCCGCCGCCUUACCGACGAUCCCGGUCCCCGCCCAGCCCCCGGCUCCAGCCGGCCACUUCCGCUCUCACACCCACUUCCGCUCGCCGCCCGGACGCGCGGCCCCGCGGCGCCAUUUCCGCUUCGACCUCGAGCGUGCACACGCCCGCAAGCGCGUCCCGGUAAGGAGGCAAGCAGAGGGCAUGCGUGCGCAUGCGCGGCACGCCGCCCCGCCUCUCCUGACCAGUUGAGUCCAACGCUCACCUGUCAUUCCCUGUUGUCCUUACUACAAUCCACCUGCGCCUUUCCCGAAUAUUCCAGAGGCCCGAUUCCACCCUUCCGGGCUACCCUGCAGCACCUUCGUGCCUUUCUUUGCCAGCGACUGUUUAGUGGGCAUCGUGUAAUGCAAUAUGACGACUUACCCUCCUAAAGCUUAUGGUCUGAUAAAGGAGACACAAUAAAUUCUCAAUGAACUACA